CUUCCCCAUCUCCGGACUGUCCGCAACCCGGGCUGUGCUGGAUCGAAGGUAGGAAAUCAAGUGAUCAACUGAUCUGCGAGUUUCUCUCCUUUCUCCAUGUCUCAUUGCGCCCAAUCCAACUGCAACUUCCAAGCAUCGGCAAGGUAUGGCCCAUGGACAUGAUGGGUGACAAAGAUAGAUGAAACAAACACCACACCGUCCAGAAGCAAGUCAGCCAACAAAUCAGCGACAGGCAUUGGCUUACCUAUAAUGGAAAGGAAUGUGACUUUUCAGAAGAAGAAUAACUAAGAAAGUGGAUGAGCAGCGCCGUCCCCCUUCCGUCUUUCUCUCUCUCCCCUCUCCCCUCCCUUUCCCCUCAUUCCCACCACCCGUUCGGAAUAGGUGAGAUCUUUAUCCUUAGUGUGCUGCCAAGAUCGAGGGGUGCAACGUGGCAGAAGUCGAGACCGUGCACUAGAAGGGGCGCUGCUCGUGUCAAUCGAGGCACACUCACACUCACACACACACACACGCACCACCCUUUCCCAUAAUCCCAGUUUGUCCUCAACCUGCAGAUAGACUUGAUGCAGGUGGUCAGUCAGUAACUACUAGACUAGUAGCCUGAUGCCGGUGCCUCAUGGUCGGCACCCAAAUGGCACUUUUCCAAUGAUUACCUGACAGUUAUCCAGAUUUGGAAAUCAGCGCGAGCGGGCGCACGCGGGCAUGAUUGGAUGGGGCUAUUUUGAGAAUCAUGCAUUGCAUAGCAUGUAAGGUCAGUAGAGACCGAAGAGCCAAAGAAGGCAGACGACGGGACAUGAUGCUUGAAACUCAGGAGCUGAAGAAAUUGUGCGUCUGUGUGUGCAUUCCUGGGGCUGUGUGUGUG